CCAAUCGUGGACGACCGGACUGUUUUUAUUUUGUUUAUUUAUUGCUUUGACCAGGAUAAGGAAUGCCGAUUGUGGUCGUCACCGGUCUGCCGGCCAGCGGGAAGUCCACCCGGGCCCGCCAGCUGCGGGAUCACUUCGUGGAGCGCGGGAGGAAGGUGCAUUUGAUCAGCGAGAACGAGGCGGUGCCGAAGGCGCUCUUUGGCAAGAAUUCGCAUGCCGCGGAUUCGCAGAAGGAGAAGGUGGUGCGCAGCGAUCUCAAGUCGGAGGCCUCGCGACACCUCAACAAGGAGGAUGUGGUCAUCCUGGACGCGGGCAACUACAUCAAGGGCUAUCGCUACGAACUGUACUGCAUGACCAAGGCGUCCAGGACGACGCAGUGCACGCUGUUCUGCUGCAUUCCCCAGGAGCAGGCGUGGCGCUUCAAUGGCCAGCGAACGGCGCCGGAUGAGCUGGUGGCGGACAACUCGGAUGUGGCCUACAGCCGCGAGACCUUCGAUGCCCUGUGCAUGCGCUACGAGGAGCCGCAGAGCAACAACCGCUGGGACAGCCCCCUGGUGGUCGCCCUGCCCGAGGACACGCUCGAUGUGGAGGCCAUCUACAAGGCCCUCUACGAGACGCAGCCCCUGCCGCCCAACCAGAGCACCCAGAAUCCACCGCUGGGGGCCACCAACUAUCUGUUCGAACUGGACAACAUCAUGCAGGCGAUCAUCAAGGAGAUCCUUGGAGCGGUCAAGAUCAAGGCCUUCGGCCAGCUGCGCAUCCCCGGCAGCAGUUGUCCCGUCAAGGUGGCCACCUCGAUGAGCGCCCUCCAGCUGAACCGCCUGCGCCAGAAGUUCAUCACGAGCACGUGCCGCGCCAGCCAGACGGCGCCCACUCCGCUGGAGCAGGUGCCCUCGCUGUUCGUCCAGUUCAUCAAUGCCAACACCAUCGGCUGCUAA